GCACCAGUAGGGAAGAGGGAAAUACCCUAAUAAAAAUAUAAUGUCUGUAGUAACCAAGUUUCUUCUUACAAUCCUCAUAUUCAUGUACCUCUCAGAAACCCCAUUAGCAGAACAAAGACAGCAGUGUGUUCCUUCUAGUUGUGGGCAUAUUCAUAACAUCAGUUAUCCCUUUCGAUUGAAAAGUGAUCCAAAGCACUGCGGCCUUGAAAAUUAUGAAUUGAGCUGUGAAGGAAAUCGCGCCAUAUUAACAAUACUGCUAAAUGAUUGGAAUGGAUCACUGAACUACUAUGUUCAAGCCAUCAAUUACGAUAACUCCACUAUCCGCCUUGUAGAUCCUGGUAUAAGAGAACAAGUUAUUUGCUCUCUUCCUCAGAAUUCGAUUACGAUUUACCCUACCCUUGUUGGUUUUGAUUCUCGUAUAUAUUUUGUUCAGUUAACAGUACCAAUCACUCUCUUCAGCUGUCCAUUUGCCAUAAAUUCUCCAGUCUUUGUGGAAAUCACUAAUUGUCUCAACAGGAGUUAUGCUUCCAAUGUUUCUUCUGAUUCAUUUAAGGGACACACAUAUGCAACCAUGAGAAUUAUCACCAUCCGAUUUGAAAGUGGGGUGUACUGUAGACCUCAUCUCAAAGACUUCAUGGCAUAUUCAGGAUGCAAAUGCCAACAUUUCUAUUUUAAGUUUGCAUAAUGCUUUGGCAUAUGGAUUUGAGCUUUCAUGGUUU